AUGUUUCAACAGAUGUUGGAAGAAAGGAGUGGUACAGAUAAAUGUUUCGCGCCGCAGUUGAGGAAAUGGCAGUGUGGUUAUAGUUUUCAACCCAACCAAAUAUUCAAGCUAUAUCGCUUUACAAUUGUCGAGAUUGUAUACCCUAUCGUCUCAAGACAUACUCUGUAUACACGCAGAAGCGAGCAAGAAUAUAUCGAAUUUGUAAUUUCCAUAUUGGCGAUAGAUUUGGCAAGGUGA